AUGUUAAACCAGAAACGUGAGAGGAAACAAUUUCGUGCUAGGCCCGUUCCUAUAGAGUCGCGGAUACCACUUUACGAAAAAAUCCUUGAAGAUCAGGCUAUGAGGCGGGCAAUAACGAAGAUCAAUAGUGAGGCAGAACUAAGAGCGCAGAUGAAACCCUUCAGCUUCACCAAAAGAGAAGAGAAUGGUAGCGGAGGAUUGUGUGAAAGAGCGGCCAAAGUUCUCCCUAAGCCAAAGAAAAAGAAGCAUUUCAGGGCACGACCGGUGCCUAAGAACUUAUUUUCUAAUUACUUUUAUGAAAAGAUGAAGCAAGAUGAUUUUUUCAGAUCUAUGAAUCGACGUAUUCGAGCAGAAGAAAUGUUGCGAAAUGCUAAUUACCCCGGCAACAUGGCUACACGUGACCAAAGUCGUUUAUCGACUCCAGCAGCUCACAGCGAUCUGCCAAUCGACCCCUCGCCUGCACAUCCUUCCACUGUAACCUCAGAUAGGUUGAGGUGUUCAAGUCCAACUAAAGGAUAUAAAUCGUCCAAGGAUGAUUUCGUUACAACUAGUCCUCAGCCAUUUAGAUUUAGGACCGCUAAUAGAGCAAAUCAAAAGAUGCUUAACAUAGCGCAAAAAGUUUAUCAAAGCGGCAGGAGUAUUGUUGAUGUAGGUAACAGCGUUGAUAAAUCUCGUGCGUAUUCCGCCUUGGACUUGAAAAGUGCUGCAGUUGGAAGAUCUAACUUGGCGGCUCUUCUUCGAGCUGAAUCAGUAAGAAGGAGAUUUGAGAUGGAAGCGGCGAGAAGUCUUGCGGAACAACGAAGGCGACUAGAGUUAAGGCAAAGAGACAGACAGUUGCGAUCUAAGCCGGCGUGGCAUCUCGUAAAAAACAAUCAUGAAGAAGACAUUGCUAUGCGCCUGCAAACCCGACGCGACGAGGAGAGAAUGCGUAGGGAGGAAUUCCUCCAUGAGAUGGAGCUGAUGUAUGGAAGGGUGCAACGGCAGCCGUUGCUAUUUGAGAGAUACUACGCCCCACGAUCGCAUUCGCCAAGCGGCAGUUUCCAGCUGUCACCAAGAAAAUAUAUCGGUAAAAAUCAUUCCGGCCGAAAAAAUCGAUCUCUCCGUAUGAUGUCGAGUGACGGUUAUGAUAGUGAAGUUCCAACCAAGAGUAACAACAAAAAUGAUAAUGAUAAUGAUAAAUUUUACGAUAACUCUGAGGAAGUUAUUGACAGUGUCGAACGCAUCCGUCUA